AUGACAGAUACAAAAUAUUUAAGCCCAGAUCAAAGCGUAGUAGAUUUGGUUGCCGUGGAUCUCACUCGGCCAAACGGUCGUGUAGUUGGGGUGGAUAUAAUUCCUGCUCAACCUCCGAAAGGUGUCUCGACUAUCCAAGGAAACUUCCUCUCGCUGCAGAUACAAGCUUAUGUCCGAGAAUUUCUACGAAACCCUAAUCGUGGACGAGCACAAAGCCUCAACCACUUCAAGAAUGCCGAUCAACGUUCUCAGCCAAGGACCGAUGACGAAGUCGAAGAAAUUGAAGGAUACAUUGAUCGGGAACGAAGUGCUAGUUCGCACAUUACACAAGCAGAUGGGGCCAAUGAAACUAUCCCCGAUGUUGCUGUCGGGGAUAAAACAGUUGAUGUGGUGCUAAGCGACAUGUCUGCCCCCUGGGAACAAACAACUGGUUUCUGGAAGAAAAGCCUUAGUGACCCAUAUCGCAGGAUGAUGAACACGAGCGGAAUGAGCUUUCGAGAUCAUGCCGGAAGCAUGGACCUCUGUAGAGCGGCGCUCGAAUUUAGUUUCAACGUUUUAAAAACCGGGGGUCAUUUCGUUUGCAAGUUCUAUCAAGGGGCCGAAGAUAAAGCACUGGAAAGGCAGUUGAAAGAACUAUUCCAGACCGUCCAUCGGGAGAAACCAGAAUCGUCUCGUAGUGAAUCGAAAGAGGCAUACUUUAUUGGUUUAAGACGGAAACAAAAUGCUGCUAAAGACGCCGUCCUCCGCACCUCUAGUUCAUACGAAUCAAACAGCACUUAA